UUUCAUGAGUAUAAAAACCGUGAAAUCGAUGACACCGAGCACACUCAGGCUUACAUCUUCUCAUACUACGUUCGCUAUGAAGACGUUUCUAGUUUUGCUGCUGGCCGUCUCCGUGCUCGCCGGAGAUGCACCAGCAACGGAGAAGAAACACGCUAAACGCGGCCUCCUGCACGGCGCGGGAUCGAUAUACGCGGGUGGAUACGCGUCGGGCAUCAUCGGCCAUGGAUACGGAUACGGUCACGGGAUCGGCCACGGGAUCGGAGGCGGCGGACUCUUACACCAUGGUGGUAUCGGCGACAUCCAUCUGGGCUACGGACACGGUUACGGCCACGGGUACGGCCACGGGUACGGCCACGGGUACGGCCACGGGUACGGCCAUAACUACGGCCACGGCUACGGCCACGGCUACGGCCACGGCUACGGCCACGGCUACGGCCACGGCUACGGCCACGACUACGGCCAUGGCUAUUACCACCACCCGCAUACGCACGUGGUGAAUCGCGUGGUGCCGGUGCCGGUGCCGGUGCCCCAUCCCGUCCCGGUAACGCGCAAGGUGCCCGUGCCAGUGCCGCAUCCAGUGCCCGUGGAGGUAAAACGCCCCGUGCCCGUUCCGGUGCCUCAUCCGGUGCCGGUGAUCGUCACCAAGGCUAUACCCGUGAGUGUGCCGCGUCCGGUCCCGGUGCCGGUACCCCACCCUGUCCACGUGCCCCAUCCAGUCCCGCAACCGAUUCCGGUCCCGCAACCAAUUCCGGUGCCAAUCCACGCGCACGCGCCCAUCCACGUGCCGGCCCCCUUGCCUCUGCAUCUGCCGCCGGUAGCUGGUCACGGACUAUCGAUCCACGACUCGUACCCCGGUCCGUUGGGUCAUGAAGCCAUCGCACCGAUCGAUGCCGGCAUCCACGGCGGCCACGAGAUCGGCGCUAUCGCGCACGGCGAGCAUGCCCACGCUUUCGCCGGUUCAGACAUCCACCUGAACGCUCACGCCGAGUCUGAGGGAUACUCGUAUCCAGUACCAGCGAAGAAAUUCCUUUAAGUCGCGUCGAGAGAUUUGCCGUUUUGCGAGCGACGUCUUGAUUCGCACGCCGACGCGAUACAUCUGCCGUUUUCGAAUUUUCCCGGAUAUAACGCGGCUGGCUCAUAGCCGCUCAUGCCGCAUAUAUUUGUCCCGCGUUUCACUUGAUAUUUAUAUGGAUUCUCGCACGCAGCGGCGCGGGCGACGGCGACGACUGCUGCUGCUGUUGCAACGGCAGCGGAAUGUCCGCGAGGUCUCGAGGCCUCGAUUAAAAUUCCACCUAAAACCGCAACGAAACGAAAGGGAUAAUGCGCGCGCGCGCGCGCAUACACACAUCUACACGCAUACACACGAACACACGAACACACACACACACACACACACACACAUGCGCGCGCGCAUAUAUAUAUGUAUAUGUUUACUUUCGCGCGCUCAACGGUGACGAAGGAAAGAAAGAGUGAUGCGUUUCGAGGGCGUGAAAGUAACGCGAUACGAAGUCCAGGGAGAUGAAUAAUCUCUUGCGGGACGUGUGAUGCGGGGGGGAGAUGCGAAAUACGAGAAUCUAUUGAAUACUUCCUGUUAUGGUAAUACAGCGUAUAAGCGGGAGAGAACCGCUAACAAUUUUCUCAAGAUGUAUCGCUUGCACGUUUACAGCUGAAUUGCGUUCCCGGCGCGGCGGAAUGAUACGAUCAUACGCGCGAAAUUGUUUGUAACUGUAUUUAUUCGUCUAUUGAGGCGCGUAAAGAUGUACAAAAGAGAGAGCCUAUUCGCACCGCUCAUUAGAGAAAUUCUACAAUUCGUGAAAGUGAAAAUAAAGCCCGGAUUUUGUCCGAUUUUGUUAAUUUAAGAUUGCCCAUUGAUUUAAUCGACCCACACUCGUGCCUCCGACACAAUAUAUCCCUUUCGAGUCGAAUCUUCUCAUAAAGAGGUAAUAAAGAGGUUCACGCGAUGCGAACCUGCGAGUUCGAGAUACGCGAGUAGAUUUACCCCGAUUCGAAAGUGAUUAAAGUUGCUGCCUCCUUACCCGCAUCGCAUCCCAAAUUGCCGAAACUUUGACCUUGUGCUUUAGCACACAACCACAUAACCGUUUCGCACCGCCCUCGGCUGUGAUCUCGGCUCUACGCUGGGCUGGGAUGCCCGAUUCUGCCCGAUGCCGUCCCUAACUCGCAUUACGCACUCAGACGAGUCGUACGGAAAAAAGGGGGAUGAAAAAAUCGCGAAGCAAUUGAAUAACCGAGGAACGAAGAAGUAAGCGCGAAAUGCAAUACAGCAUGGGAAAGAAAUUA